AAAGGGCGAGGGGCUAGUAGGGACGUGACGAGGGGCGCGCGGCGCGAGGCGGAGAGAGGGCGAGCACUCGCGGCUCCGGCGCUCACAUUCCUCUAUGCUGCAAAUCCGAGAGGAAGUUUUUUUGGGGGGCUGAGAUGCUCUGUGCUUUUCCCCGGGCAGCCUUGACGCGGGGCCUUCUCGGCGGAGAUUGAUCGGCGAGAAAGUGUGAGCCGGGUCGGCAGGGUCUGCGCGGCGGGCGAGGGAGCCCUCCUUGUUCGCCGCUCGCAGCCGUCCGGCUUCCCCGCGCUUGGGCCGGCCAGCGCCCGGGAGCGCAGCGCCGCUGCCUCUGGGCUAGGACUUCGCGAGGUGGGUCGGUUCCCCCUCCCUCCUCCUCUUCUUCCUCCUCUUCCUCAGCCUCGCGUCCUCCACCUCCUCCCGAUUUUCCCUCCUCGGCGGGCGAGGGUGGGGGGGGGCGGGGGAAGCCGGGGCUCGCCCGGAGCAGCCACGAUGCUCCUGGACGCCGGCCCCCAGUAUCCAGCGAUCGGCGUGACCACCUUUGGCGCGUCCCGCCACCACUCGGCGGGCGACGUGGCCGAGCGCGACGUGGGCCUGGGCAUCAACCCGUUCGCCGACGGCAUGGGCGCCUUCAAGCUCAACCCCAGCUCUCAUGAGCUGGCCUCGGCCGGCCAGACCGCCUUCACGUCUCAGGCGCCGGGCUACGCAGCUGCCGCGGCCCUGGGCCAUCAUCACCACCCGGGCCACGUCGGCUCCUACUCGAGCGCAGCCUUCAACUCCACGCGGGACUUCCUGUUCCGCAAUCGGGGCUUUGGCGAUGCGGCAGCCAGCGCUCAGCACAGCCUGUUCGCCGCUUCGGCCGGGGGCUUCGGGGGCCCUCACGGUCACACGGACGCCGCGGGCCACCUCCUCUUCCCCGGGCUUCACGAGCAGGCGGCCGGCCACGCGUCGCCCAACGUAGUCAAUGGGCAAAUGAGGCUCGGCUUCUCAGGGGACAUGUACCCGCGGCCCGAGCAGUACGGCCAGGUGACCAGUCCCCGCUCGGACCACUAUGCCGCGCCGCAGCUGCACGGCUACGGGCCCAUGAAUGUGAACAUGGCCGCGCACCACGGCGCCGGCGCCUUCUUCCGCUACAUGCGUCAACCCAUCAAGCAGGAGCUUAUCUGCAAGUGGAUCGAGCCUGAGCAGCUGGCCAACCCCAAAAAGUCGUGCAACAAAACUUUCAGCACCAUGCACGAGCUGGUCACGCACGUCACCGUGGAGCACGUCGGCGGCCCAGAGCAGAGCAACCACAUCUGCUUCUGGGAGGAGUGUCCGCGCGAGGGCAAACCCUUCAAAGCCAAAUACAAACUGGUCAACCAUAUCCGCGUGCAUACGGGCGAGAAGCCCUUUCCCUGCCCCUUUCCUGGCUGCGGCAAGGUCUUCGCGCGCUCUGAGAACUUAAAGAUCCACAAAAGGACGCAUACAGGGGAAAAACCCUUCAAGUGUGAGUUCGAGGGUUGCGACCGGCGCUUCGCCAACAGCAGUGACCGCAAGAAGCACAUGCACGUGCACACGAGCGACAAGCCCUAUCUCUGCAAGAUGUGCGACAAGUCCUACACGCACCCCAGCUCGCUGCGCAAGCACAUGAAGGUCCACGAAUCUUCUUCGCAGGGCUCGCAGCCUUCGCCUGCCGCCAGCUCCGGCUACGAGUCCUCUACGCCGCCCACCAUCGUGUCUCCUUCCACAGACAACCCGACCACCAGCUCCCUGUCGCCCUCCUCCUCGGCGGUCCACCACACAGCCGGCCACAGCGCGCUCUCUUCCAAUUUUAACGAAUGGUACGUUUAAAAUCAGAAACAAAACACCGAACAAGCCCUAUUUAAGAGACUGAACACACACACAUGCACACAAAACAUUACAGAAAGAACCCUGCGAAUCAAAACAGCCUCCCACACAGAUCCCACAAUCCUAUCUUUUUUAAACCUGCCAAUAGACCCAGGACCGAAUGAGAGAGAGGAAGCA